GAUGGGUGAUCAAUCCUCCCAUACUCGUGUAGCAUCAAUGGGGUAUCCCUAGAAGGUAAUUUCUUGACAAUCUAGGCAAUACUAAGCACAAUGCAUAUAGUAGUAUACAAUAGAAUCAUAAGCAUCAAUGGUAUGAUCAUAAGCAUCAAAUACAAUCAAGCAUCAAUGAUCAUCAUAGGCAUCAAAAUUAAUAGACAAACACUAGCAUGCGAUGAAAUCAUAACAUUUAUUCACAUAACAAUAAACAAGAUAACAUCCAUCAAUUUUGACUAGCUUUAUAGAGGAGAAGGAAGGUACCACCAUUUACGAUGAGAACAUCUCCUUAGCGGCAGACCUCUGUACUUCGAAUAAGCUAAGGACUCGUGCAUAGUGCUAAAGAGAAUUGUGUCUUUUUGCAUCCUUACUCUUACAAUGGAAUCAUGCCCUCUAUUUAUAGGGAAGAAUCCGGCCUAAAGCAACCUAAACCGACUAAGAAAGAGUCUCCUAAACUUAGGAAAAUUGUUCAAGAAGAUAAAGGGAAGGCGGAGGUAUAACGGUGGUUGGACCUGCUACUCUGGUUCUUCAUGGGUUGGACUUCUUGAUCCAUGGAUUUCAAUUCCUCACGAUUUGGGCAGAACUUUGGGUGGUGGUGGUUGGACUCGUUGCUUGGCCACCACUCUUUAUUACUUCAAAAUUGGUUGAGUCUUCCUUUUGUGGGCUCUUCUUGACAUAAUCUCAUAACUUCUAGUUGACUUCUCUAUCAUUGGACCAUUUCUUUCUCGUGAAAACUCCUUAAACUUCUCUUUGUAGUUCAUUUGGUCCUCCAGAGUUCUUCAAUGUUUGAUCCAAUCUUCAUUAGUUUGGUUUGUACCUUCAAAACCAUAAAAUAUAUACCAAGAAGUCAUCAAAUAGUAAAAGAAUAUUACCUAAGUCUAUUUAAAGCUCAUUGAUCAAAUAAUUGUGAUUUAGACAAGAAAUAUCAUUGAAAUGACCAAAGAUGCUUCAAUAGAAGGAGAAAAUGUAUCAAAUAUGGGAAAAUGCAUAAUUUUUUUAUCAAAUAUGCUUCAUUACCAUACAUGAGAAGUUAUAAGAUUAGCUUAUGGAAGAAGCCACGCUCUUAAAGUGCGGGGUUAUCCCCUUUGAUUUAUAUUAUUAAGGGUUCUUUUGAGUAGGAAAAUGUCGAGUUCCUUCCAUGGAUUGGACGACAUAAGAAGGAAAAAGGAGACAAUGAUGCUUCUUCGUCAGGAGGGUUGAGGCAUCCUAGUACACCUAUGGAAGAUUCAGAGCCUUUAGCACUCUGAUGGUCUGCAUGACUCAAUAGGAGGGAGCCAACAAUCGUGAUUGGAUAGGAGGAAUCCUUGAGGGAGAUGAGUUCACACAUCCUCUUCAUUAGGGGAUCCUAGAGUAAUAACGGAAGGCUAUAUUUGGAUAGCAGGAGAUAAAGUAGCAUGAGUGGACAACUACUACCAGAAUACGAGGUGAUGGAGAUCGAUAGUUGACUCACUCCUACUGUCACUCUAGAAAAUGGCCAAGUGAAACCACUUCCUAAAGCAUAGUAUAGCGGGUUUGGGUUUUAAUGUCAACCCGGGUCCUAGAUGUGAUGACUACUCAGUGAAUUCUUAUUAUCUAGCAGUAAAACUUAAGUACAGGUUUAAACAAACAAAAACACAAAGCAAGUUAAACGGUUGUUUCAAGUCGAGAGAGGUCACCCGGAUAUGGUUCCCCCUAGACUGCAGUUAAGCCGGAUUGCCAUUACCAAGUUCAGUUUCUAAGAUAGUUUUACUGCAGAAGGUUCUUAAACAGUCUGAAGUCUCGACGAAAGGUCUUCAGACCCUCUCAAUCUGAGUCUCUAGCGGGCGACUAACCUCCACCGGAGUAAACAGAUUGAGGCCCUAAUGAACAAAACCUCCUCCACCGAAGUAACUUCGGUACAGAAUAGUGAAUUGGCUCCUCGACUAAAGUCGCCAAUUUACUACCUUCAAUUAAGGGUGUUGUAUCAAUCUAAGCAGAUAUUCUCUUUCUAGGUUAAAGCAGAAACAACAGGAAUUUGAUCAGGAUUCAUGCCAUUCAAUCAUUCAAACCUCAGUUGAAUAUAAUCAAAACAUAGAAUCUGUACUUGGGUUCAUACAAUCAGACCUAACAUACAAAUCUAGGGUUCUCCAUACCCAGAUGAAUGGGAGAACUAGUCCAUGGAGAAAGAAGCAAAAGUAGAUUCAGAUGCGGAAACCAUACUGUGAAGGAUGUAUUUCUGCUCCUGGGCGUCGAUCGGCACUUCUCCAAGCUCAAGCCGGGCUCCAAUGGUGAUGAAGGUCAAGCUAGGGCACUUGGGAACUCUUGUUCGUCGCUUUCUCUCUCUAGGAAUUGCUCUGUCUCUCUAAAACUCGAAUCCCCUCACUUAUGGCUGGAAAUUGGCUUAAAACCAGAAAAUCCCGACUCACACGGCUGUGUGACUCCCCCAGCUGCCCAUGUGGCUUUGCAAAACGCGGCGUUUCGUUAAGUGACUUCAGGCUUCCCACGCGGCCACGACUCACACGGCCGUGUGAGUGUCCAGGCUGCCCGUGUGGCUUUUGCCGAGCCUUCACACGGCCACAGUGGGUCUCCCACACGACCGUGUGGCUUUUGGGCAUGCCCGUGUGGCUUCUCACCUUCUCGCCAAGCGUCCAAACUUCGUCCAAUCGACCCCGAACUCAUUCCUAGAUCUUCAUUCACGUACUAGGACCUGAAAUAUCACAAACAAGAACAACCUAGCAUGAAAUCAGCAUAAAACACGGGAAUCGACAUCUCAAAUGGCUCAAGAAUAGGGGUAAAAACAUGUGUAAUCAAUGGUCUAUCAAAUUCCCCCACACUUAACCGUUUGCUUGUCCCCAAGCAAACCAAGUCAGACACAAGGUAAGCUCAAAACCUUUCAAUCAAGCAGGCUUUAGGGCAUAUCAUAUCGGUACAAAACACGUGGAUCAUACUGGCUUUCGAUCAUUAACACAUGGGCAACUCCAACGACAACCUAGACAACCACCACAGAUGACAUUCGAAUGCAGUAAAGUCGAGCAAAGGAAGAGUUCCCUUCUGUUCACCAACCAACAUAGACUUGACCCAACCACUUAUUCAAAACAGUCACUUCAUGCAUAAAGCUCAAGAUAUCAGAAUUAAGGCCGAGCAAUCUAGGUCCUCACCGGGAUAAAGAGUAUAGAGAAUAUGAGAAAAUGAAUCGCUCACUCUCGACCAGUGGGGUCAGGACAAUUUGAUGCAAAAAAAUGCGCAUGCUUAUUCUCUCAAUCCCUAACGUCUCUUCACCAUGAAGGCAGCCUCUAAAUGCUAGAGUUCACAUAUGAGGUGUCACCACUAACUAAUCCAGAGGUCUUAGACACAGGUUCAGAUGAUUGGCUAGGGUCUUGGACAUGGGGAAAAGGCCUUUUAGGUGGUGGAAGCAUUCAUAGCACAAGGCUCCACAUUUCCAAACCCAACAAACUCACAAUCGAUUAAACCAGUAACUUUCUUUCUGCUAUUCUGCAUUACUCAAAUCUUUCAGAACACAAGAGCGAAGGAGGUCAAAUAAAUGUUAGUAUUUCUAAGUCAGACUGCUAAGAAACACUACUUAAUGGGCACUAUUUAGAUUUUUGAUGGUGGCUCUCUUUUGCUUUCAUUUUUUUCUUUGUUUUUCUUUCAUUUUUUUCCAUUUCUUAAGAGAACAACCACCUCUGCACAUUUUUCAAACACCUGCCCAACUUAUUAAGAACUACCUCCAGCUCUCACAUUAUAUUUAGUAGAAACAACAGAGAACAUGCAAGAAACCACUCUGUGGAACCUUCUAAGAGAUGCAAAAUGGUGAUUUUUCAUUGCAGACCGAAAGAAAGGGUAACACACGGCUCAAAGGGGCUGACUAGGGGGUACAACACACCUAUUGGAAGCCUGAGCCUGAGCCUCCCAUGCAUCCUUCCUCUAAUUUCCCCAUGAGAGUCUUGGUGCCAUGAAGAUAGCAAGAUGGAAGAACUUGCCUGUUUAUCAUUAAGGAGAGCUAAACUGGCAAGGCAUCGUCCAGUACCAAGGAUGGGGAACACAAUUGAGACAUAUAUUGAAUGAUGUUGAUCUCCUAUCAUUAUUCAGCAAUUGAGGAGAGAGCAUUGAUGUCCUAACUCGAGGGUUCUUGGCAAAAAUUAACAAUGGAAGCAACCGAGCACCCGAGUAUGAUCUACAUCACCAAUCCAUUGGCAGGAUAGAUCUUCAAGGAAAGUUAUGAUAACUUUACAAAAUAUCUUGAGAUCUCAUCCAUCAUAGGGGAGGACGCUCUCCGUGGCUAGCCUUGGACCAUAUUGGGAGCCAUUAAAACAACCAUUCACCU